AUGAGAGCUAUCAAGAUAGCGACUGCAGAAAUACAGAACAUCAAGCAGUUCCUGAGAACAAAGACGCACAGCCCUGCAAUGAGCAGAAAAGAGAAGAGCUUCAUUCGCUAUUGCUCAAAACUCUUUUUCCUGGGGGGCAGCAUUCUCUACAGAAAAACAUCAGAUGGCGCUGAGAAAGUGCUGGGGCCUAUCUCCUGCGAUAAGUUCAAAGACUGCACACUUGGCAUGCCGUUUAAGCACGCAAAGACGUACACCACUCCCCUAGACUCUCCAUUCUACAACUGGUGA